UUGAUUUUAUUGUUUUGUUUAGGUAAAGACUCAUUUGGAUAUGAAAUGGGGUGGUGGAAAGAGGAGCAUUUUAAUGCAUCCGAUGCGGAUGGAGACGGCCGUUUAAAUAUCACGGAGUUUAAUGAUUUUCUACAUCCAGCUGACACCAACAAUCCCAAGUUGCUUCUGUGGUUGUGCAAGGAAGAAAUACGGGAACGAGAUAGUGACAAAGAUGGUAAGAUCAACUUCAAAGAGUUUUUCCACGGGCUGUUUGACUUGGUCAGAAAUUACGACGAAGAGAGCCACAACUCUUCUACCCACGAGGCAGAUAACCCCGAAGAGGCCCCCGCUAAAUUUUAUUCGCCCACCUCGACAAAGAUGUGA